AUUUUCGAACUGUCAAAUCUUUGUUUGGGACUCUAUUUUACCUUUUUACCUACUUUUCUAGGGGUAAAAUUAAGUCACAGAAAGUCAGAAAUGGCAGGCCGAGACCUCUCGAGGUUGUAGUGCCACAGAAGAAGAAGAAGUACAACUUUCCCUUUAAAAUUACUUUGGAAAAUAGCUAACAGAUAAACAAACGAUACUGCGUGCGUUGCGGUGCUCGACGUGCUGAUACAACUUGUUGAAGUUGUUGAUUUCGGUUGAUCGUAGCAACCUGCUGGUUCUUACCAGCACUCCGCGGGUAGUUCAUGUUGGUUGCUAUGGUAGAAAAACGUGACUGUUUGGUUGCUUCACAAUCCGUCACUGACAACUCACGGGAUUGGCAAAGGAUUGUCCUCAAUUUAGGUGAAUCUAGCGGCAGCUCGGGUGUUAACCAGCGGUCAUCGACUGGACGACGAAGAGCGGACCCUUCAGUGGCGGUUUAAAGUUUGCAAGGGUUGCCAACGAUGGGCGAUCGAAAUCUGGAACUACAAACCACCCUAGUGCGCUACAAUAACCCGGUUCUGGUGGUGAAGCAUGUGGAAAAACGAGAACCAUCGAGCGAUGUCGCACCAGCGAAAGAGCAAACCGGUCGUCCCGGGUCGGGCGGUGCCGUCGUAGUCGAUAGUCCACGCGAAACGGAGGAAAUCCUGAACUGCAUCCUACCACCGAAAACAUGGGAAGAGGAUGGCCAGCUUUGGACGCAAACCGUCUCGAGCACACCGGCCACCCGUCAGGAUGUGAUCAAUUUGCAGGAAAUGUUGGACACACGCUUGCAGCAAACACAGGCACGCGAAACGGGCAUAUGUCCGGUACGGCGGGAACUGUACACCCAGUGCUUCGACGAGUUGAUCCGCCAGGUUACGAUCAAUUGUACCGAGAGGGGCCUGUUGCUGUUGCGUGUUCGGGACGAGAUUGCCAUGUCGCUGGAAGCGUACGAAACGCUCUACUGCAGCUCGGUGUCCUUUGGCAUCCGGAAGGCGUUGCAGGCGCAGGAGGGUAAGGAGAAGCUGCAGGAACAGAUACAGCAGGUGGAGCACGAGAAGGAGCUGCUGCUGAACUCGAUCAGCGACAUGAAGAUAAAGGCGGAUCAGGCCGAACGCAGGAAUGCGGAGCUGCGUGCGUCCGAGGAGAAGAAACAUUCGGAGGAGAUUGCCUUCCUGAAGAAGACCAACGCACAACUUAAGGCCCAACUGGAAGGAAUUAUUGCACCGAAGAAGUGAACCCGGGGAGUGUCCGCAACAGUAGCAGCAGGUGCAUCGUGUGGACCAACCGACCAACCGAUAACCGUUUCCUUUUUACGUUUGUUUUUCGAACCCCCGAUAUAUGUUAUAUACUGUAGCUAAAUUUUUGCGCCUGUACAACUAAUACAACACACACUUUAACAAAUC